AUGUACUCCAUAUCCCGUACGGUUUCUAUUCUGCCGCACGCUUUCCGCAUGUAUUGUGUUUUGACGUACAAAGCCAUAGAUUUUUCUAAGCGGCGGGGGCCCCUACAGCUGUACCUACAGUGCGUUUUGUGGGAAAGCGAUUGUUUUGGGCUGAGAAAUCACCAUCAUUUUUUUGAUUUCUACUCCAAUCCCACCAAUGUCUGCCUGAAAUUCAAGGAGAUAGCUGAGAAUCGGAUGGAGGAUGUAAUGGAUGAUAUUCUCGACAACUACCGCUACCUUUUGUGCGUUCGUUUCGUCCCUCCUGACGCCAUGGUGUAUACGGCUGGGGUGGCUAUUGCUUUUGCCUUGGGAUAUUUGAUCCUCACGGGCUUUGAAGUGCUCGUCUGGCUGCUCUAUAGAUCAACAGAACGGUGGUUGCCCAUUCUUGUCUCCACUAUAGGCAUUGGCUUCUUUGUCCUCUGGAUCGGCAGUCUUUUCAUUCCCCAGCUCUUCACCUUCUUCGGAUGCUGGAUCAGCUUCGUCAUGGUCCUAACGUUGCCUUGGAUACUUUGGUUAGCAUUAGCUGCUGCAUACAACCUCCGGAAAUUGCAGCACCAGAAGUGGGCCUUGUGGCAGGAGCAAGCCAACCGACCACUCGCUCAACUGGUUGAUCGAGGGCGACGAGGCAGCGACCCUUUUCUGGAGAAGCGUGUCCUAGUGCCUCGGCGCCUUUUGCUUUUUACGUAUGCUUUCUGGUUUGCGGAUACAUUGUGGCAUGUGCGUAUCGCUCUGUCCACAUUAGCAUUUGCGAGCACGGGGGAGAGGGGGUUGGGCGGGCAAGGUUCUGGAGAUGGUUUAGGGGUGCUGGACUUAGACGUGGAUAUGGAGGACGUGGCUGCGCUAAAGGCGUCCGAGAUAUGUGAAGAGGGCCCGGCAGAAAAAACCAAAAAGAAGAAUGAUAGUCAUUUUGAGCUCACGAACCUCAAGGAGACUCUGCAGGGGACGCUGGGCCUUAGACAGAAAAAGGACAACUCCCACCAGCAGCUGGGCGGCAACCGCAGCCAGCCUCCCUCACAACACCACGCGAGCUCCCCAGUCACUGUAGAAAACUCAACAAAUUCUCAGGAUAAGGCGAGCAGCAACAAGCCUCAACCACUGAGCGAUGCCGCCAAAACUGACUGA